UGAUGAUUCUAUCGAGUAUGAAAACAGGUGACGAUCGCUGCCAUGUGCGGGCAUGCUAUGUGCAACGUGCUCUGUGCGGUGUGCUGUCACCAUUUCGCCUUCUUGUUGUCCAAUGCUAUUUUCAGGGGCCAGUGAAUGCAAAGAUGAUGUGGAUGGGGUCCUGGUUGGUUCCUGAUUUUCGAUUGGGGGGGCCUGUGAGUUUGGGAUCCGGUGGGUUCCUUUUUUUUGGGAUUUUCCCAGGGACUUGUUCUCGUUAGGGAAACUUGCGAAAGUUGGAAACGGAAAACUUGCUGGACCCCCCAAAUUAAGAUUACACCGGCCUUCAUCUCGCUUUUUUUUCUUGUCCUGCUGAAUCUAACUAAUUUCCCUCUCUUUGAUUCUUUUCUAAUCCUUUUCCAUCCAUCAUCUCUCUUUUCCUUUCAUCCAACUCAACAGCCAGAGAUAACCCUGUGCCCUGUGCUGGACCCCAGUCAUCGCGCGCCCAAUCAACAGUGGCGCAGAUUCGAUCGGUGAUAGCCACUAUACCCACCACGUUGCGCCCAGAUCUAUACAUACUUUUGUCCAGCUACGCCAUCUCCCGCUUAAAAUGGCGAUUUUUGACUCGGAAAAACGCCCUCGAGGCCUGCGCGUCCCAUCUCUGACGGCGAUGAAAAAUGGCACCUCCGCCACAGUAUCCCAGUUCUCCUUCCACAGCAAGAAAUCCAACGAUUCGCGACCAGAUCCUUCGUCGACACCCAGUCUGACCACGAUAGUCCCCGUGUCGACACCUGCACCACCCAAGACCAAGGCUAUCCCGCCUCCGAAUAAGGAUCUCCCCCCGACACCCAAAGAGGAAUCGCCGCAACCGGUCUCUACUCAGGUGCCGCCGAGGUCUUCGUCAAUGGUGCCGCCGCGUCGAGAAGUGCUGCGCAAACCACCGCCGAGUGGGGUAUCGCCCGUUAUUUCUUCGCCCGUUGCUGCUUCGCCGGCUGGUACCGCGCCAAAGACGGGGUUGCGACAAGCUUCGCCGCAGUCCUCCGUAGCUGCGGCGCCAGUCGCCGUUCCGCCGCAAGCCCCGCCGCAGUCGCAGGCGGAAUUGCAGCAGCAAUCGCAAGCGGCGCAAUCGCAGCCCACGUAUAUACAACCACAUCAACAAUCACCCAUCACUCAAUCCCUCCCCGUCUACCACUCCUUACAAACCGGCGCACCACCCCCAGUGACAAACGAAGCAUCCCGAGGCCCAGCUCCUACGGCAGCACAAGCCCAAGUACCAACAAACCUCAACCCCUCCCAACAAACCACCACCGACGCCCUCACCCCUCUAGAAGACUUCAUCCCCACCCCCGAGGGCGCUAGCACCCCUCUGGACCAAACCUCCAGCGACGGACAAACAUCCUACACACCCUCCGACGACGUCGAUGCCAUCGCUGCACCGCUAAGCAAAAUCCACUAUGCCUGUUUCCAGGAACAUCGCAAUAUGCCGAUUGCGCAGAAUACCUGGUGUCCCGUGCCGUGUAUGACGUGUCAGAAGAUGGAUCGGGAGAUUCGGCAUCGGUGUGUGUUUUGCUGUUUACGGGUUUGUGAGGGGUGUUAUGUUGCGUUGCAGGGGUGUGGGAGGAGGUCUUUGGCGGAGUUCAUGGGGCAGUUGAAUGGUAACUGAUUGGGGAGUGAUCUCUUUUGAUCUUUCUUUCUUUCUUUCUUUCUUUUCUUUUUUCUACUCUUGCUUUGAGAUAUAUUUCCCGUUCCCCUUUCGAUCUUUCUUAUUAUGUUCUUUUCUUAUGUUCUUUUCUUAUGUUCAUGGUUUCUGCAUGUGUGGCGCAGUGCGCCUGAGACUGGGGGGAUUGAGGGUUCGAGGCUGCGGUCAGGGCUCUGGGUUCCUGGUCGAUAAGAUCAAGACCUAGUUACACUUGAACCAGCCGGCUCUGUGGGUGACUGUCUUUAUUUGUUUUUCUUUUCUAUGAUACCAGGGGGAUUACGUGUAUAGUAUGAGUUGCAUCAAAAUAUCGAUGUAUGGAUAAUGUUUCUUCGAGGUUGCAAAUUUGCAGAGCGCAACCAUCAAAUACGCUCAAUUCGAUCAAGCAGUGCGCAUGAAACAUGUUGCGGCGCAUGAAAUUCAAAUCAUAA